AUGAAGAUCUUGAAGAUAUGUGGUGCCUCCCUCGCCCUAGCUACUAUAGGCAAUGAAGUUCCUGACAUGGCUCCAGAGUUCCCGCCCGGCACGUUCAAGUACUUUUCCGUCGAGUUUGCAUCGAGUGUCGCCUCAAGUUCGUCGUCGAAGGAGCUCCAGUCAGCGGCACAGAAAUAUUAUUCGGCGCUUGGCUUUGGCGUGCCCCGGUUUGAACUAUCAGAUUCCCUGCGGCUUUUCUCCUACCCCGGACUUUUAUCUGGACAAAUUUACGGAGAACCUUUAUGUCCCUUCGCGGAAUGCGUCCUGGGCGACUUUUCCAUUUGCACAGAAGACGAAGACUUCUACAAGCCAAUUUGCCGAUCUCCUUGUGCAACGGGCUUUUGUUCGGAUGACGCGAGAUGUAUGCAUCCGUCUGCCACUGUUUCGCCUAAAUGCUUUUGUUUGGGUGCCGCUUCCUCGCUGACGUUUGGAAAUAGUUGCGAGUAUUCACUUCCACUCUGGUUGCUCCUCAUCGGAACGACGUUUCUCGUCCUCGCCGUUUUGUGCCUUGCUGCUUAUGCCCUCAAGAAUAGCGCACAGCAGAAAUCACAGCGCCUGUCUCAAUACAUCGACGAGAGGGGACAUGCUCGAGUAGAACUAGCGCCAAGCUGA